AUGGCGGCUCCCAGGACGCCCGCAGCGGCGCCGCAACCCCUUCAUCUGCAUUCUCGUGUCAGAGUUUCCAACCUCGGCCAUGGAGAAGUGCUCUUCGUCGGUCAGACCUCCUUUGCACCCGGUGUCUGGGUUGGUAUCGAGCUCGAUGAGCAGAAUGGCAAGAACAACGGCUCCGUCCAAGGCAAACGCUACUUUGAAUGCGAAGAUGGCUAUGGUGUAUUCGUCCGCUCCAGUCAAGUACACGUUCUGUCGCCAGAGGAGGAGAUGCACAGCAUAGACGACGACCCCGCUCCUCAACCACCAACACCUGCCGCAAGAGCAACACGUCCCGCCAACACAGCCACGCCUUCUGCUGCUACAGCUGCUCGUCUGAGUCCGCGCAAGAGCGUCGCGCCUACACCAGCUCGAACGCCAGCCGCCAGAACCAGUCUUGCACCCACCGCCCCGCCUUCCGCCGCAAGGCGAACCAGCACUACAAGCGUCGGCAGCAGCGUAUCGUCAGCGUCAGCGUCACGCCCACCGACCUCAGCCAGUAUUACAUCACGCACGUCAUCACCCAUCAAGCCGCCGUCCGGCGUACGCUCCCCUGUCAAAGCGCAGGCUCCUGUUCGCGUCUCUGCGGCCUCUAGCGGGACCCGGUCAGCAGCUUCGAGUUCACUCUCAACCAGAACCGGCCCGCCGAGCACGCCUGUCGCAGCGGCACGUACGCUGCGCACCGCUCCUACAAGCGCCAGAACGCCAGCAACUAUCGCCGGCGUCACACGAACAGCGCCAAGAGCCGCUCCCGCACUAUCAGCAUCGGCCAAGCCGCAGACGCCGUCAGCUGCCAGAGCAGGUCUUCGCCCGGUUCCCGCCAGUCGGCCUUCCAUGGUUUCCGGCGCUUCCCGUACAGCUACGUCGAGCCCCAGCGUAGCAUCGACGUCUCGCCUCGGUGCAGCACGUGCAGCCGCAGCAUCUGCUCCCAUCUCUCGAGCUGGCAGCUCGCAAGGCCCGUCACGUCUCGGUCCGAGAAGCUCCGCAGGCAGCGCCGUCAGCUCGGGUCGCACAAGCGCGUCCCAGCGUCUGCAAGACCCUGACGACGAUGAUGCAGACUAUCUGCUCCAAGGUGAAGAGGCCAGUCAAGACGAUCUCCCCACGUUUUCGGAUGCAGGCGAUGUCGAAGACGAUGCAGACCAGACCAUCGAUGCCGAAGCCGGCGCAGACUCCACGUUGCGCUCUACCAAGUUGCUCAACAAAUCGACACGCGACUUCAUGAAUCUCGUCGAGCCAUCAUCUUCGACCGCAGCGCUGCGGUCUUCUGCAGAAUUCGGCGCCCUUCAAAAGGAAGCUGAGGAGCUGCGGGCCAAACUGCGCGUCAUCGAGAAGAAGCGCGACGAUGACCGCUCCCGUAUAGCCGAGCUCGAACAGCUCAAAGAAAGUGCCGAGCUCUCAAUCUCUGCAGCGCCCAAGCUCACCGCCAAAGUGCAAGAGUUGCAGGCCGAGCUCAAAGAUCUCAAGAAGCUCGAAAAGGAUUGGGCCAUCGAAAAGGACGACUUUGAGCGCCAGCUAUCAGGAGUCAAUGAUGAGCUCGAGUCGUUGACUCUGGACCGCGAGAUGGCCGAGGAAAAGGCCGAGACGGCUCUUCUCGAGGCGCAGGAGCAUCUCAUGUCGCUCGAAGCUGCCAACGCCAAGAUUCGAGCCUUGGAGAAGGACAUGAAUCCGCACCUCUUGCGUCGGAGCGCUGCCGCGGGAGAAGGAGCUGGCGACGACGACGCAGACGAGGGCGCAGCGCAUUCUGCUGCUUCAGAUCUGUUGCAGCGCGAAAACGAUCAGCUGCGUCGAGUCCUUCGUGAUCUGCGCGACCGCUCCAACGAGACCGAAGGAGAGCAUCGCCGCAAGAUCGUCGAGCUCGAACGGGAAAACACCGAGCUGAUCGAGCUCAACGCCACCAACGACUCGCUUCUGCCGGAAUUGGAAAAUGCAGAGUCUAUGAUCGAAGACCUCAAGCUGCAGCUCGACGACGCUCUCGGUGCCCAAGAUUUGGUCGAGCAGCUCACCGAGCGCAAUCUGCAACUUAGCGACCUCGUCAAGAAGCUUCGCGACGAGAUCGAGGAGCACGAAACCAUUGCAGAGAUCAACAAUGAGCUCGAGGAGCAACACACCAUCAACGAAAAAGAACUCCGCGAUGAGAUCGAUAUGUCCGAGUCACGCAUUCGUGACCUGCUUGCGCGCAACGAAGCGCUCGAGAAUACUGCGGUCGAUUACCAGAACACCUUUGGUCAGUUCCGCGACCUCGUGUCGAACCUCCAGAGCGAGCUGGAAGCUGCCAAAGCAGAGCAAGCCGAGUAUGGCAGCGGUGCCGGUGCCGGUCGCAAAGACUUGGCGGACCAGGCGAUGCUCAAUCUCAACCUCAAGCUCCAGUCAAGUGCGCUCAAGAGUCAGGCAAAGACUGUCGAUCUCGAGCUUGGACGACUGCAGGCGGCGCAAGCCACUUCGCAUCUCGAGAUGGUCCGAUCGUACCUGCCCGGCGCCUACUUCGAAGCAGACGCCGACGCUGUCAACUGCCUGCUCUUUUUCCGUCGUAUGGCUGCCAAAUCGGAUCUGAUCAAGACCAUCGUCGAGACCAAUCACGAUAUUCAGGAGAGCCUUUCGGGUAUUGUUCCGGAGGCCAUGGUCGGCGUGUGCCAGAUGCGACACUCGAUUGCGCAUUUCACUGCGCUUUCUCGCCAGAUUGCUGCAGUGCUGCGUCUAGCACCUACCGAGGUCUUCCUUCGAGGUGGACGCAUGUACCGAGAGAACAUGGCCAUCGAACGCAAGGUGGAUGCCUUUAUCGCAGCACUACGACGUGAGGAACUCAAGGAGCAGGAAUGCGGUCUCGAAUUUGGCAGGUUCGUCAAACAGUUUGAAGACUUUUCCAUGGCUUUGGGAGGAGAGGAGAAUGACAGCGACCUGUCUGCCAAAGAAGUCGGGUCUGCCAACUUGAUCGAUCACGACCUCGACACGCUCAUCGCGGCACUCGGAUACGCCAAACAGCAGCUCGCGCAGCUCUAUGCCGACGACGAUGUCGAAUGGGACAUGGGAGGUAAGAACAUCGAGGAUGAUGUGUUUGACCCGAUGCAGGAGCUCAUCAAUCGCAUCCGCAACACCAAGGUGCUGACGCGCAAGGUGCUGCGCAGGCUCCUGAGCCUAGCCGAAAACGACGAGGCGGUGCGGAUGGAGGCGAUCAUGGCCCUCCCGCCGCUGGGCCGGGCCACAUCACAGCUGGUGACGUUCGCCACGCAGCUUUCAAGGUCGAUCUCCGCAUACGUCGCCGAGGUGCGAUCGUCCAAGGCAGCAUUCGAGAUUUCCAAGGUGGUCGAGAUGGUGGCAGAGGCGACCGAAGAAGGGCUCGGCAAGCCGGAUGUCAGCUUGUGGUCCGGCCCGCUGUCGUCGACUUCUCACCUAUCGAACACCGUGCAGACGGUCCUCACGGCUAUCGUCGAGCAGGACAACGUCAUUCGCAUCGACGGUCCUGGGCCUUGGCUUGCGCGUGCGGUCGACAUCAAGACGCAAGCGGCGCAGAACCCGGAACUCGACCGCCAGGUGACCAAGCUGAGCGAAGACGCGCGCGACCUGCUGCGGCAGGUCAAGGCAAGGGACCAAGCGCUGCAGGAGGGCUCGAUCAAGAUCGAACGACUGCAGAAGCAGCUCGAGAAGUCCAAAGCGCAGGUGGACGAGCACAGCGAUGUGCGUUCGACGCUCGCAGAGACGCAGCGUCAGGCGAAGGCGUACCAGGACGCCAACGAUGCGCUGCAGAGCGAGAUCGAGGUGCUGCAAAAGGAUCACGAUCGGCUCAAGGCUCAGCUCGCUGCUGCUCCGGCGGACGCGCUCGCGGCCAAUUUAUCCGGGGCAACUGGCGACGGCAUCGUUGCAGGCGCUGGCCGUGCGCUCCAAGACGGCGGCCUCGACGCUGGCGCAAGCUACAGCAGCCUCGAAACGUCCUACCUCGUGGACCAGCUGGAAGCCCUCAAAGGCGCGCUCAAACACCUUCGCAACGAGAACGCCACUCUCAAGGGCAGCGCCUUCUUGCAUCAGAUAGAAGCGUUACCCGCGCUCGUACGUCGAUCCCAACUUGCUGUCGCAACCAAGAGCGGCGACGAAAGCGAUACGAAGAAGCCCGGGGAGCCUGUCAAGCGUGCGCCCCGGAAAGCCGUCACGAGCGGCGGAUCGGUUCGUGCAGAGGCCAAGCAGCUGUACAACACCGCGCUUACGACGUUGGCGCUGUCGAGCGUGGUUGAUCUGACGCCGCUGAGCGCGAAACCGACAGCGGGAGCUGGUAGCGACAAGUCAAAGGUCGAGAGCAGAGGUGGAGCGGUACGACCCUGGUUGCCGUAUCACAAGCAGCCGGAAGUCCAGUUGGAGCAGCAGACACAGACGAGGCUCAAGCUGUCGAAGCAGUUGGCGGCUCUGACGGAGCGGUUGGCGCCUGCGGUGGGGCCGCUGCCUGCUCCGAGGUUGGCGAUGCGGACUGUUUCCACGUAA